AUGUCCUCUGAUCAGAAGACUUCAACAACAACGACAGCAUCAACUGAUGUGACAUCAGGUUUUCAACUUAAUCAAAAAAAGUUGAAAGAACUUGCUGAACAGGCAAAUGCAAUUAAGAUUGGUGGCAAAGGUACAGCUCGUCGUAAAAAGAAAAUUAUUCAUCGUCCUGCUAAUGCUGAUGAUAAAAAAUUACAAAGUUCAUUAAAAAAACUUGCUGCUAAUAAUAUUCAAGGCAUUGAAGAGGUUAAUAUGUUUAAAGAUAAUGGUGAAGUUAUUCAUUUUUCAAAUCCUAAAGUACAAGCAUCACUUAGUUCAAAUACAUUUGCUAUUAGUGGACAUUCGGAUACAAAAUCUUUGCAAGAAAUGUUACCAACAAUAAUGUCACAAAUGGGUAUGUCAACUGAUAGUGUUUUAGCUAGUGAAGCAGGUCGACGUAAAUUUCCUACACGUACUGAUCACCAAUCAGGAAAUGAACAAAUUGGUACAAUAAAUGAACAAACAGGUGCUGAUGCUGAUGAUGAAGAAGUACCCGAUCUUGUUGAAAAUUUUGACGAAGUAUCCAAUACAAAAACAAUUUAUGAAAUCGUUCAAAUGCGUCUUGCUGCUUCUCGAUUUGCUGCUUAUCGUAAUAAAACAAAUCGAUUGAAAAUCAAUGCUUUACGAAUAAAUAAAAAUGCUACACAUGUACAUCAAAAUCACAUAGAGGAUUUUAAACAUAGUUACAAUCGAUUUUUAAAUAAACGUUUUAGAGCAAUCAUUAUAGUCUGCAGUUCGACAUUGACAUGUAUGAUAAUAGUCGUUCUUAUAUGUAUAAUUAGAACAUAUAUUAAAAAUAAAUCUUCAACAUCUUCUAUAAGAACUGAACAAACAACACCAUUAAAUCCAUCAAGACAAACAAAUAAAACAAAAGGAUAUUCUCAUUCAAAUCAUGAUACAAGAAAAUUUUCACGUAAACCAAGGACAUUACCAGUAGAUGUAUAA